AGCUGCACACGGCUUCCGCGAAUCUUGCCCCCCCCGAGCUCCUCUCAGCCCGCCAUGGUGCACACCAUGGAGUCGCCCCAGGAGGCCUUCGAAAGGCUGCGGCAAGCACUGAAUGUGCUAAAGGAGAACCACUACGACCCGUGGAACUGGCACGAGUAUCUGGGUGAUGAGCCAAUCGAUGUGCUCGAUGAGGACGAGGAGGAGGAGGACGCGGAGAUGAUGGCGCUGAAGCCCAAGGCGCGAAAGAACAUCGACCGCCUCAAGAGCCACCUGCUGACGGUUGUGCAGGAGUUGAAUCGCGCUGGUCAUGCAGCUGACCUGGCGUACUACUACAUGUCAGUCCAGCCGGAGCUCAUGAAGGACUGCGUUGUCAUCAUGGGCUCUGCGGGCGACAUCGACGAGGACCUGCUGCUGGAAAGCGGCGACGGCUCCCCGGAGAAGGUGAUGGCUGCAUUGCAGGGCAAGUUGGACUUGGCCAACGAGAGGAUCUCUCAGCUCACGACUGAGGUGAAUGAUCUCCGGCAUCGUCUCAUCGAGACAAAUUGCGAGAGCGAGGAUCGACUUCGGAACUGGUCACGCUGCAAGAUGCAGGCAGAGGAAGCCAUCCAGCGCUUGGACAAGCAGACCAGGACACUUCAUGGGGUGCUGGAGAGAGAGGCCGAGCUCCAAGCGGACUACGAUGACCUCUUUGCGCGGCACGUGCGGGCCUCCAAGAUGAUGAUCUACAAAGCGCGUCAGGGGAUGAGAGAUCGGCUCUUCCUGCAGAACAAGAAGGAGAAUCUGUUCUAUUCCUUCCAGGGCUUCAUAUACAUUGUGCAGCAGGAGAAGGAAGAGAGGAUUCGACGAGAGCAGGAGGAGAUGCGCGACUCCGUGGAGUUUGCGCUGCGGAACGAGGUCCGGUUUCUGCUGGGGGAGAACUUCCGGCACGGCGACGCCCUGCGGCGCCUGACGUUGGAGUCCGGGCGCCUGAAGACCGAGCGCCGCGCGCUGGCACGGCGCAUCCUCUACCGACAGAGACCCUACGAGACCUUAGAGUACCUGCUUUGGGUCUGGGAGCUCUGGCAGCCACAGCGGCCCGUGCUGCGCCUCGAGAAGUCGCUGGAAAGAAACCAGGCGACGCUGGAGGCGGUGAAUCAGCAGCUGACCUGGAGCUCUCGGCAAAUGGUUCCCCUCAUGAACUUCAUGGACCAACUCAGGAUGGAGGUGGUGCGGGAGCAGAUGGAGGGGGAUUUGGUGCGCCGCGAGCUGGUGGCGGCCAGUGCGCGGCAGUUUGCGGCGCUGACGGAGCAGCUGCGGCUGCAGCGCGCCCAGGAGCUGGAGAUCCUGCAGCGGCUGCGGGACUUGGAGAACGAGGCCAAGGACGAGAGGAUCGCCGUGCUGGAGCGGGAGAUCGCCGAGGACAAGCACAUCCACGCGCUCAAGGGCAUGAUCGUGGACCUGGAGUGCAACCUGCGCCGCGCGUUGGACCGCCGGAAGACGCGCUCCUUCGUGGUGCCGGGGAAUGGCCCCAAGUGCGUCAGCUGCGGGCGGGAGACCACCAUCCGCGCCUGGAAGCUGCCUCCCGACCUCACACGGAGUGCCUCGGAGGCGCCGUCGCAGGUGGACUUCUCCCUCGAUCGGUCGCCCUUGGCCCUGCCGAAGCCAGAGAGGACCCCCAGGCUUAGCUGUUCGGACGUUUCUCGUAUGUUGCUUCUUCAAAGCUGCACCGGAAGAGCUGAAGCUGCGUCGCUGCAGUGCCCAAAGGGCCGUCGCAUCGAAUGAAAGGUGUGAUUUAGUCAUACCCAAAGCAUUUCGCGACCGUGACCUCAGACUGAGGAUUGCAUUUUCCCUCGGCAGUCGUGGCGCUUUUAAAUCAAGUUUCUUCUGGC